AUGAUCGUGGACGAUGCUUUUGUGAACAUUAUCCAAUCGAAAUUUCCUUUUCUCGAGAGUUUGAGACUUGAUCUGGAUUUUUGGAAGUUGGAGUGCUUCAAUUUUACUUGUGUUACACUUAAGAAAUUAUCCAUAGAGCUAGACCAAUUCAUUAAGCCAGUCAACAUAAAGGUUUAUGCACCAAAUUUAAUUUCUUUUCGUUUCCGUGGCUUUACAAUGCCUAGUCUCUUGUUUCAAGCCACCAUUCUCGAGGAAAUGGAUCUUGAUCUGUUCCUGAUGCGUCCCCUUAUAAUUGAUGAAUCUUUCUUUCUUAAGAUGAGGGAAGCAUUGACUUUCUCAAGAAAGUGCAACAUUCAAAUACUGAUCACAAAGUUUGAUGACAUAAUACCAUCGGACAUCAACCUCGACGAUCUAACAAGAAGGGUCACAUUUCCGGCUAUAAACGUGCCACAACUGACAUUUAGAACUUUUAGAGAAGACAAAGGCUUGGGGGAUCAGCGCUUGCCAUUUUUUGAUGCAUUAUUUACGAUUUGUCAUCCAAAGCAGGUAGUCGCACUUGGAGACUCAAAUUCUAAGCACAACUACUUUAGCCAGUUAAUGGUAAGGGAGGUGGUGGAGAAGAAGACCAGAAAGGGGUAUUGGCGUGAUUACCUGCAACUUGUUGAAAUAAGACGUCAUGGUGAUGAAAAAUGGGAAACCCUAACAAAUUCUUGGAGAAGCUUUCCACAGGGACUGGCUCAUGUGCCUUGUUUAGAGUUCAAACUUAAUUGGCGUUAG